CGUCCCUUCUAUAAAACCCCUACUCCUCUACUGCGUUAACCUUCUUUUCUCUUCGCUUUAGAUUUUCGCAUAUUGUUUCCCUGCGAGUCAUCUCUUUCUUCAUCGCCGUCAGUUAAGUUCUCCUUUUCGCCUUUUCUUUUCUCUGUAUCUCCGCUCUUUUCCUUCCCGUUUCGUGGUCGAUCGUCCUCCCCCAAUCCCCUCUAUUAUUUUUGUUUUAGUGAUUCCGCAGCUGAUCUUGAUUCAGAUCUAGGGUUUUCGAUCUCUGCGUUGGGUUGAUAGUUCUUUUUAGAUUUUAAUUCGCUAUCUUUCUCUUCGACUUGGAGAUCGAAGAUUAGGGUUUCGUAAAUAUGUACCAAUGAUUUUAGUUUUUCUAUGAAUUACGCUAUCCUCAUGCGUCGAGUUCGAAUUCUCCACUCCUUUUCUGUUGUCUUUCUCUACUGGUUCUACGUGUUUUCAUGAAAUAAUUUCUCAGUGUUGAACCUUUCUUGGAAAUUUUGAUCGCUAAUCCUCCCCCCUCCCCUCCCGGUUCAUCUAACUAUUGAAAAACCCUAAUUCUAACUCAAUUAGAUAACGUCGAACAUCGAAUUUAUUAACAGAUAUUUCGUGCUAGCUACUAGUGAAUUUUUUUUCCCGUGGAAAUUUCGGGAGAAGAAAAAAGUUCUGCAAUGCGAAGGCAGGCAGCGAACUCUGGAUCUGACUUUGAUCCGUUUCAUGCCAAUAUCGACGAAAGGAAAAGAAAGAGGAUGUUGUCCAAUCGGGAAUCAGCCAGGCGUUCCAGGAUGAGGAAGCAGAAGCAGAUGGAGGAUCUAGUUAAUGAAGCGAGUCUUUUGAAGAAUGAAAAUGAACGAUUGAGGCAGAAUAUCAACCGUAAUACUCAACGGUAUGUGGAGAUAGAAUCUGCCAACAAUGUUUUGAAGGCUCAGACUAAGGAACUGACCGAGAGGCUACGGUCCUUGAACACGGUGCUCCAGAUAGCGGAGGAGGUUAGCGGCCUCGAAGUGGAAAUCCCUGAGAUACCUGACCCCCUGCUGAAACCAUGGCAACCCCUUUGCCCCUUGCAGCCUAUCAUGGCAUCUGCUGAUAUGUUUCAGUAUUGACACUGCAUCUGUUUAGUGAGUUACUGGAAGCUAGGAUUUAUUAUCUAUGGGGGUGUUCUUUGGUUAUGGGUUCGUUUGGUGUGGUGUGCUGCGGUUUAGUGUGUUAGGCGAAUGUGUUGGCGUUUUAUCUUUGGCAUGUUGUUGUCAGGUGAUUGAUUGGAUGUCAAUUUCUAUUUCUAUUAAUGUUUAUAAUGGUUUAUGAUGUACUAGUUGUUACCAAUAACUUAAGAUUCCCUAAUUGAUUUUAUGUGAUUCGAUGUUUUGUUGGA